AAGUAAAAAUAAAAAUUCUUCAAUUUAUUUCUUUAUGAGAUAAUUAAAGAAUCUGCAGGAUAUAUAUCCAAAGAACUUUGGUAAGAUUCGUUGCAAUCUGUUGAACAAAUCUCAACAAUCCCAAAACCAGAUGCCCAUUAUAGAGAGAAAAAUUAUUUGAGUCCACAAAAGUAAAACACUGGCGCCAUCAAUUCAAGGAUUCCGUUUGCUCCAACCAAAAUUCCAGAGUUAAUGGGAGAGGAACACCCACUGCCAUCGCCCCCGCGGCCGGUGGAGGGCCACCUAACCCCAAAACCUCCUUCUGGAGCGGGGUCUGUGGAGAAAGUGAAAAGCAUGGAUGUCGAUCCAGUCCCAUCUCCAAUAUCAGCUCCCAAACCUUCUUGGUUCACUCCCAUAAGGUUGCUUGUUAUAUUUUGUGUUAUUAACUUAAUAAAUUACUUGGACCGUGGAGCAAUAGCUAGCAAUGGCGUUAAUGGAAGCCGCAAGACUUGCACGAAAAAUGGUAAAUGCUCACCAGGCACUGGAAUUCAGGGCGAUUUCGACCUAAAUAAUUUUACGGAUGGAGUUGUAUCAUCUGCUUUCAUGGUUGGACUCCUUGUGGCUUCCCCAAUGUUUGCAUCUCUAACUAAGAGCGAGAUAAUUAUAGUUCGUGUACUUGAAUUUUGUAGAGUCAAUCCAUUUAGGCUUAUUGGAGUUGGUUUGUCAGUCUGGACCAUUGCUACUGCUGGUUGUGGUUUUUCAAAAAACUUUUGGUCCAUUGCAAUUUUUCGCAUGCUAGUGGGUGUUGGCGAGGCUUCUUUUAUAAGUCUUGCAGCUCCAUUCAUCGAUGAUAAUGCCCCACCUGCUAAGAAAACAUUUUGGCUGGGAGCAUUUUACAUGUGUAUACCAACAGGAAUUGCUGUUGGUUACGUUUAUGGUGGUCUGUGUGGGGGUUACAACUGGCGGCUGGCUUUUUGGGUGGAGGCUGUUUUGAUGCUUCCUUUUGCUAUAUUAGGCUUUGUGAUGAAACCUUUGCAGUUGAAAGGUUUCUCUCCUGUUGGAUCUAAAACAGCAUUGACAUAUGCAGAAGACGGGACAGAAAAUCAAGGUGGUGAACUGUCGUCAAGAGAAGCGGUUGCUGAUCAAAAUUCGAAACGUUUUGGGUCAACGGAUGCACGUAAUGAAUGUAUUGUCAUAAGAUUUUUGAAGGAUAUGAAGAUUCUUUUGCUUGAUCAAGUUUAUAUUGUGAAUGUUUUAGGUUAUAUUGCCUAUAAUUUCGUUGUAGGUGCAUAUUCUUAUUGGGGUCCCAAAGCUGGUUAUAACAUAUAUCACAUGAAAAAUGCUGAUUAUACGUUUGGAGGGAUAACAGUAAUUUGUGGAAUAUUGGGAUCACUAGCAGGGGGUUUUGCUCUUGAUUAUAUGACUUCCACAAUUUCCAAUGCUUUUAAGCUUCUAUCAAUGACAACACUAUUUGGAGCAAUAUUUUGCCUUGCCGCAUUUUGCUUUAAGAGCCUAAUUGCUUACGUGAUCAUUUUUUCAAUAGGGGAACUGCUAAUAUUUGCCACCCAGGCCCCUGUAAAUUUUGUUUGUCUACAUUGUGUCACACCUAGUUUGAGACCAUUAUCGAUGGCUAUGUCUACUGUCUGCAUUCACAUUUUCGGUGAUGUGCCUUCCUCGCCUCUUGUUGGGCUUCUUCAGGAUCAUCUUAACAAUUGGAGGAAAACUGCUCUUAUUCUAACAUCCAUUCUGUUUGUGGCUGCCGCAAUAUGGUUUAUAGGAAUUUUUCUUCACAGUGUAGAUAGGUUUAAUGAAGAGAGUAAGAAUCCAGUUACUACAACCGACAAGUCAAACACGAUUACCUCUGCGGAAGUGAAGAAGAAGACUGAAACAGCAUAAUUUUUUCUCGUACCAUAAAUUCUUUCAAGACUAUAGCCAGUUUUAACCUGCGUAUUUUAUGUAAGUUCUUUCUUCUAAUGGCCAUUGUGAGUGUAAAUAAUGUUAUCUUCUGCAUUUGAAUUCAUUCACAUUGCUUCGACUACUUUCCCGGGAAAGAAAUGUAAAAAUUCCUGCGAACGCUAAUUUAAUGCAAUUUUUUCUGUUGGAAUAAUACCC